AUUCAUAGGAUGACAGACCUAUCAAUAACAUCGUCCUUACCGCCCACUUCCGCCCUCCCCCUCUAAUCAAGCGGUUUAUUUCCAGAUUGUUGAUGUUUCGUAGCCACAGCAAUAUAUUUGGACUUUGACACGAAGGGUUCUGUGAUGCUUGGAUGGAAACUGUGGUGCAGGUAGUACCAAGCAAAGAGAAGCAUGACUUUUGAGUGACCCGUAUUACUGUACAGCAUGAACAGCGAGGAAGAGUUCUUCGACGCCGAGACGGGUUUGGAAUCAGAUGAUUCCUGUGAGGUGAGUUUUAAAGAUGCCAUAGUGUUUGACAGCAAACAGCCGGCCAAUGGCAGCCCUACCCAGGGGAAUGGAGUUUGGGAGCGCAGGAAAGUACUCCCAGCCCCAAUGAUAUCCAGAAAUAACUUCAGUGUGUGGAGCAUACUGAAGAAAUGCAUUGGCAUGGAACUGUCCAAGAUAGCAAUGCCCAUCGUGUUCAAUGAGCCUCUUAGCUUCCUCCAGAGAAUCUCAGAGUACAUGGAACACACUCACCUCAUCCACGAAGCCUGUGCCUUAUCAGACUCCAUAGAGCGCAUGCAGGUGGUAGCUGCUUUCGCGGUGUCUGCUGUGGCAUCUCAGUGGGACAGAACUGGAAAGCCAUUCAAUCCCUUAUUGGGAGAGACCUAUGAGCUUACACGGGAUGAGGAAGACUACAGGUUGAUUUCAGAGCAAGUUAGCCACCACCCGCCUAUCAGUGCCUUCCAUGCUGAGUCUUUGAAGCAGGAAUUUAAAUUUCAUGGCUCCAUCUACCCCAAGCUCAAAUUUUGGGGCAAGAGUGUUGAGGCAGAGCCCAAAGGCACUAUGACUUUGGAGCUACUCAAACAUAAAGAGGUAUAUACAUGGACAAACCCUAUGUGCUGUGUACACAACAUCAUUCUGGGAAAACUCUGGAUUGAACAGUAUGGAACUGUGGAAAUGGUAAACCACAGCACAGGAGAUAAGUGUAUUUUGAACUUCAAACCAUGUGGCAUGUUUGGGAAAGAACUGCACAAAGUGGAGGGACACAUUCAGGACAAGAGAAAGAAGAAACAGCGUGUGAUUUAUGGAAAGUGGACGGAAUGUAUGUACAGUGUGGACUCUAAGAUCUAUGAAGCCGCUAGGAAGGCAGAGAAAAAGGCUGGGGGGGAUUCUAAGAAGCAGAAGCAGGAGCAAAGUGCGGAAGGUGAUGAUGCAGAUGACAUGCCGGAGGCUCAGGAGACGGUGACUGUGAUAGCAGGAAGUACCUUGUUAUGGAGAAUGAACCCACAGCCUGCUCAGUCAGCCCAGAUGUAUAAUUUCACUGCAUUUGCCAUGACCUUGAAUGAGAUGGAGCCUAACAUGCAGAGGCUACUGGCUCCCACAGACUGCCGUCUGCGACCUGACAUCAGAGCCAUGGAGAAUGGAGACAUGGACACAGCAAGUGUAGAGAAGGACAGGCUGGAGGAGAAACAGAGAACUGCACGAAAGGAACGUUCCAAGGAUGAAGGCGAGUGGUCUACCAGGUGGUUCCGGUUGGGAACCAAUCCUCACACAGGGGCCCAGGACUGGCUCUACACAGGUGGAUACUUUGAUAGGAAGUACACUGACUGUCCUGAUAUAUAUUGAUGUGUUAAAGGAGUGACCAGAGGAGUCUCUACUACCUCUUAUAUUGGAUUAAUAAGAUAAUAUUAAUCAUUUCUGAGCCAUGUUGUUUCAGAAUAUAACCAUUGGAGGUUUUGAAAUACUGGAAUAUAGAAAUUAAUACGUCCAACAUUAAUAAUCUAUUUGCAGUUUGCAAAGUAGGCUACUGUUCUGUCACAUAUGGUUUGAAGGAUGUCCUUUUUUUACUUUGAUUUUGACUCCUCAGGUCAGUCUUCCUGAAUUAACAAAUUCAAAUGACCCUGACCUAUAAAAUACUAUACCAUGUUUCUCAUCUCAGAAAUUACAUUUAUUGAUUUUGUGAACCAUCCAAUAAUGUGAACUCCAGAGUGAUGACAAUAUUACUGUAGAAUACUAUGCUCUGGUCUGAAAUGAUCUGUAAACCAGAAGAACCAUCUCCUACAUUUAUAAAUGUACCACACUCAGGCGGUACAAUGAACUAUCAGGGGUUAUUUACACUACUUUUAUAUAUGUGUGUGUGUGUGUGAAUAUUAGACUUGUAUUUUAGCACUAAACCACCUGCAAUGUCACAAACCUGAUUGUUAUUUUCUUGUAACUAGAUGACUAGAAAUGAAAGCUGCUUAUGACAACGUUUACUUACAAAGUAAACCAACAAAUAACGUGUAUAAAUUACAUUGUUGACACUAGCUAAGAUAUGCAUAACAGUUGGGUGCAUGCAUGGUCCCCAAGAUAAUUUACACUAACUAAAGCCAUACAACAAAAACUAUACAAGUACUGUAUGCUGCAUUGACACAGGACUGAGCAUCAUGAUGAUGGUGAGCAUAUUCACUGAGUGUCAUACCAGACAGAAAAACAAUUCAAUGUAAUGCAUGGUUUCACCCAGAUUGGAUAUAGAGAACUGUAUGCAUUGUUCUCAUUCCUGUUCUGUCUGGAGCCCCCUGGUGUUAGCUGGAUCCCUGCUUGACUGGGAUAUGAGCACCAAUGCAUUGUUUCAUUGUAGGAUCAGGAUAAUAAAAUGUUAAAUAUUUGCAAAGCAAUAUUCCAGAUCUUUCACCCUUUCCCAAAAGUGAAGCACUGUGUUAAUGUGGUCAAUACCAGAACAUCGUUUUGUGGAAAUGCAACAGAAUGCUUUUCCAUGUCACACAUUAUAAUUCUAUGCAAACAAACAACCGCCAUUUGUCUGUCUUUAAUAUAAUCCAGAAAUGUGAAAUUAAGUAAACCCUAUGUAUGUUCUUCCCUAAGUUUUGUCUGUGCAUACUAAAUAUUCCCUGACUGCCUGCACCUGUCAGACUGAAUGUUUUCUCUUUCUAAAUGUAACCAGAUACCACACUAAUGUGAUCAGUCGAGAUGCUCACUUAUUUUUGUCAAUCAUUAUUUAUUGUAUAGCUAAAGGUUACAUUAGAAUACUUAUUCUCAUUAAAUAAUGUGCAGCUUGCUUGUCUCCCUCACUUUAAGCUACUGGUGCAAACUAUUUUAUGGCAGCAGUUGGUCAAAGAUUGAUCACCAAAUCAUUGGGUCCCAUGCCUUUUUGUCAUUAUCAUUUGGUGCCAAUAUUUGUAUAUGUUUACAUGUCUGUAUUAAUUUACUCAUCUUUUGUUUUGUCCUUACAUGUUAAUGUUUGUUUUCCUUUGUGUCUACAGACAGAAUCCUACAUUAGCUACUGCACAUCUAGAAAAUAUACAUGACUCACCCCAUUAUACUGUAAUGUGUAGGCCAUUUGCAAAAAAAUAAUUAUUUAAUAAAUUAUGAGUUGAC